GUUUGCUGAGCGGGACUAAGGCGAGCUGCGCUGUGAAUGUAGGGUAAAAUCCAACAUGGCGGCUCUACCGCAGAAGAAGUACUAUCGCCAAAGAGCACAUUCUAACCCGAUGGCGGACCACACAUUUGACUACCCGGUCUGCCCUCCUGACAUGGACUGGUCGUCCAUCUAUCCGAAAUUCUUCAGCCCUAAGACAGAGUCGUCAGCCAGCUGUCAGAAAGACACCAUGGCAGAAGAGGACACCCCAAGGGUGCAGUUUGCAGAUAUAGGAUGUGGCUAUGGUGGCCUAUUGGUAAAGCUUGCCAAUGACUACCCUACGACGUUGAUGCUAGGAAUGGAAAUAAGAGUUAAGGUCAGUGACUAUGUAAAUGACAGGAUCCUGGCUCUACGCGAAAAAAAUCCUGGAAAGUAUCAAAACAUUGGUGUGCUCCGAACCAAUGCCAUGAAAUAUCUGCCUAACUUCUUCUCUAAAGGCCAGUUGACAAAAAUGUUCUUCCUCUUCCCUGAUCCCCAUUUCAAACAGAAAAAGCACAAGUGGAGAAUCAUCAGUCAAAAUCUGCUUGCUGAGUAUGCAUACACCCUUGCUGUUGGGGGCAAAGUAUACUUUAUAACUGAUGUGCCACAGCUGUUUGAUUGGAUGAAGAACCACUUUGAUGAGCACCCGCUGUUUGAACCAGUUGGCGAUGAAGAAGUUGCUUCAGAUCCUAUUGUCGACAAAUUGUAUGACAGUACGGAGGAAGGUCAGAAAGUCACCAGGAAUAGUGGUAUUAAGCUUGUCAGUGUUUACAGAAGAAUGUCAGAUAACUUCACAGGUACAUAACACAAGGAAGACUAAGGAAAGUAGACCUUUAGUAAUGGAUUAACGAAACAAUUUUACUUUUUUGUACAUUUGAUAACAUAAAUUGUUUAGAUUUCUUGUGAUUGUGUAUUUUAGUAGGUUCUCUGCAGUCCAAUUUCUAUCUGGGAACUGGAUACAUGUUUUCUUGACAUUUAUCCAUCAAUUGCAUUGAGCUACAUUUUUUUGUUUAUUGGGUGCAUAGAAAACCUAUAAUUUAGCACUUUUAAGAUUUAAAAUUAAUGUAAUCCUGGCCUUCUGUUCUAUUUGAGUAAAAAAUUCCAUAUUAUAAUGCGCUUUGAAGUUCAUAUGGCAAGGAGUAUAAUAAAAAAUAAUAAUGUGAAAA